UGGAGUUUUUGCUCAUCACAAUUUUCACCUCUCUGAGCUGAGCUGCAUGCAAGCUCCAUCUGCAUCAUAGGCUCCAUACAGCACCAAUACCAGCUGUUGAUUGAGCAUCAUCAAAGCAGCAGUGGCAGUAUUUUGCUGUGGUGUGCCUCAAUUUUGAAGAAUCAAGCAUAUUGAGUCCAGUGAUGACUCAACGACAUGCUGACUCUGAUGAUGAGACCUACGUGACUUUGGGUCGACCGUUUGAGCUCCUGGAGACAGCUGAGGAUGUACAGAAGGCCAAGUCGCGUAAAGACAAAGACCAGUUCGUGACUGACAGUCAGGGGAGAAGAAGGUUCCAUGGAGCCUUCACCGGGGGGUUCUCUGCGGGUUACUACAACACUGUAGGGUCCAAAGAGGGAUGGAAUCCUUCCUCGUUUAAGUCCACACGAGGUGAGAGGAGUGAAUUUGGAGGGCAGAGACCAGAGGAUUUCAUGGAUGAAGAGGAUUUUGGAGCUCAUGGCAUUGCCCCUAAAGUGGUGUCAGCUCAGGAGCAGUUUAUCCAAAGUCAGGGAGAGAGGAAGCGUCCUGCAACAGAAGAUGGGGUCAUCCCAGGUGUACCUCCCCUAGAGAAUCUUGUUGUACCAACCAAGAUCAGUAUCGGUGCAAGACUACUCAAGGCUAUGGGCUGGAAGGAGGGCGAGGGCGUUGGUCCUAAGACAGUCAAGUACCAUCCAACACAAGAUCGAGUGUAUGGUCCUGCUAGACCAGGCCCUAGUGUGGAACCCACCUCCAAGAUAGCCGAGGGAUUUAUGUUUGCCCCUCGAGACUCUACCACCUGGGAGUUUUCUGGUAAGGACGACCUCCAUGGACUGGACUAUCGGGGCAUGGAGGAGAGGGGAGUGCUUUCUACACGUAAGGCAACAAAGGACCUGUAUGGAAUGAGGGGAGAGGCAUUUGGCACAGGUGCACUGGAGGAUGAGGAGGGUGACGAUGAGAAUGUGUAUGGGGUGGAGUCAAUGACAUCAUAUGAUGUCAGUUUGGCCGGUGAAGGAGACCUCAACAUGGAGAGGAGCUUUGGGUGGACAGGCAGAGAGAACGAUACCUGGGACCUGUCUUCCUUCACAAAGGCCCUGAAGAAGCCAGUUCACUAUAAGAGUCACCCUCCUCCCAAUGUUCCGAAAUCGUUUGUCGUUGUGCAUAAGUUUAAGCAACUAUCAGCUGGCACUGACCCAUCACUAAGAAAGCCCCUGUCAUCAACUAGUCGCUCUCACCUCCUGGCCGAUACCUCAGGUUCUGUAUUUGGACUGCUCUCACCUGCUGAUAGAGAGAGACUAAAGAAUGCUGCAGAGCAAACCAAAGAUGGACCAAACUCUCAACCUUCCACUGACCAGCGAAGGGAGCAACCAGUUGCUGUUACCUCUCACCCUGUACCUCCUGUUGCCAAAAAUGUGACGGAGUGGGAGAAUGAAGGCAAAGACAGAAUGACCAGGGCAGCUGCCAUCUACAAACCUCUAGGCACAAGUCUGGCCACCAGAUUUACAAGGCCGGGCGAAAACCAGGAAGCGCCCAAGUCACCUGAGUCUGAUGCUGUUCAGGCUGCUCGGGCAAGUUUAUUUGGAGCUCUAACCAGGGAGAUUCAGGACUGGUAUCCUCAUCGAAUUGUCUGCAAACGCUUUAAUAUUCCUGAUCCAUACCCAGGACAAAAUGUUGUGGGCGUUGAUGACGGCAAAGAAAAGAGACAGGACAAAAAUCGAGCGAUUAAUUUCGAACUAACCGAGAAAAUGGUAACAGAUGUUCCUGAUGAAGAUCCCAGCUCUGAAGUCUCUGAAGUGAUGAAAGAAGUUAGCCAGGAGGGUUCUGUUGAUGUUCAAAAAGAGGUACAGGAUGAUCGACCACCAAUGGAUUUGUUCAAAGAAAUAUUUGCAAACAGCGAUUCUGAAGAUGAAUCAGAGGAGACUAUGCAUAACAAGCCUAGCAAAAAUAUCUUAUCUCCAGCACUGUUGAGCGAAUGUAAACCUGUCACCAGUAGCAGAAAACAACCUGUAGAAAUGUGUAAAGAUACACAAUGGAAAGAUCUUUCUGUUGUUUCGUCUUCUAUCAAGCAAUCAGAAGAUAUGAAAUUACCGUCUGUUUCUCUAAAAAAAUAUCAAGAGCCUAUCAUUGUGGCUGAUCAAUCCAGUAAUAAACUAAAAUCAAACGUUGCCUCAUAUGGCCCUUCACUACCUCCAGAACGAGAUUCAAACGAUCACAUGCCUGUGGCUGGUUCUGCGACGAGGGGGCAACCCAAUGAUUACAAACAUGAGAAACAUAGAAUUAAGACACAUAAGAAACACAAGAGAGAAGUACAUGAGAGGAGAGAACAUAAAGAACGCAAAAAGAAAAAACAUAAACACUCAAAACACUGAGAAGGAAUCAAGGAUGAAAUGAAUGAUGUACAUGUAUGCUAUGCCGGUACAUUCAGUGCAUUUUUUGCUACUAAAACAGUUAUCACUUCAGCUA